UCGAAGAGUCGUGCAACGAGAGCAGUUGAUACAAUCUGUCGUAAAAAAGCUCUUCUGCGCUGAGCCUGAGUCGGGAGUUUAUUUGUGUGUAUAACUAACGGAAUUGCCCUUUUUCUUUUUUUUCCACUGGGCAGCAGCAGAAGUCGCAUCAUGAGAAAUAAUUGUAACGUGCUUUUACUGGCAUCGUUUGUAACAUGGUCAGGGGUAUUGUGUAGCACAGUAUUUUGCACCACAGAGGGCCAGGAAACACCUCUCGCACUUCCGGUGGCGGAGCAAACCCAGCCCACUACAGCCAUACAAGGAGAAGUGUGGGAGGAAGACGAUCACGAAGUAUUAAUAAGGAACGAACGUGGAACUAAAAGCGACGGUUUGUCGUGUCGAUAUGGCAAGAAUCCAUGGACUGAGUGUGAUACAAAAACUAAUACACGUUCUAGGACAUUGACAUUAAAGAAGGGCGACCCAGCAUGCGACCAAACGCGAACCAUACAGAAAAAAUGUAAAAAAGCUUGUCGGUACGAAAAGGGAUCCUGGUCGGAAUGCGCAACUGGUCAAAUGACAAGAGCUGAUAAAUUGAAGGCGAGCAGUGAUUCAUCCUGUGAAGCAACGCGGGUCAUUAAGAAGAACUGCAAGCCCGGAAAGUCCAAGGACAAGAGUGCCAAAGAACAGCGUAAGAACAAAGAUAAAGCUGCCCGUAAAGGACGCGUUUAAGUGAUUUCACACUUGAUAAUUUUAAUGCCCGGUGUUAAUUUGUGUCACUCCGAUGCGAAUAAUCUAAGUUUUACUUAUUUUUUAAUAAAUUCAUAACAUAAAAUCGUAAUGACAUAAACUGUCUGCUAUGUAUACCCCAAAAGCAUUUUAAUAAAAUGCACAUAUUGAUUAAUGUUGUAGUUUGGUUUUCUAGCCAACGAUAAAACUUAAUAUAAACAACAGUACGUUCAACUGUAACACGUAUCAACAACAUUGCGGAAAUUAAUAUACUUAUGCAAUACAGAACAGAAGAUAUAUUCAUACAAUACCAUGCCUACAUAAAUACCAAACUAUUAAGUUGAUUCCAAAAAGAAGAUCACAUGGACAUCCAAUCCAACUCCCUCAUUCUAAAGGCAGUUGCCUUGUCGGAAUAAAGGAUGACUCAUAAAUCCAGCCUCUUUGAUUGUAUGACCGUUUGACCCCUUCAUAACUUUAGCGGAGUUGUUCUUCAAUUGAAUUUAAAUAAUAUUAACCGUAAAACUAAAAUAAAAAACAAAACAAUUAUCUGAUUAUUGAUGUACAAUUUUUGGCAAAUAUCAGCUUAUGUAUCUCAUCUAAAGAAACCCAAAAUGGUGUCGCAAAAAGCCAAAAAUCAAUAUUGAAAUCAAAGAGAUGCUAAAAAGUUGUUAAUUCACAGAUAAUAAAAUAAUUAAACACUUAGUGUAAAUAUUGUAAAAAAAACCUACUAUAGAAAGAAGGGAAAUUAAAUGACAAAGAAUAAGGCGCGACGGUCCUAACCAAAGAUCUGUCGCGGUUGCAACGUAGGCAAUUGGCAUUUUAAAGUAGUUACAACUUACUUCCACUGGGUAAAAUUAAAAAAGUUUGGAUAUUCCAUUCUCAAAAUCAAUAUACAAGUCAAAACAAGGUAGACAAGACAUACAUUAUACAUUACUAACACUCAUACAUAAUAUCGAAAAAUAAUUGUACCAUUUCAAAGACAUGGUUAUCUUUUUAAUAAACACAUAUAUAAACUUA